ACACCUGCAAAGAAAGGCUCCGUAGUGGAAGCGAACCGGCCGUUUAACCACACCCGUCCUGCGCCGCGAACCGUUCCCCCCUAGACGCUUUGCAGCAGGUCCGCCCUCCGCCGCCGAAUUCGAUUUCCAGCUAUGGGGCUUUCAUUGCGCAGGUGCCUCUUGCUUGUCCCAUCAAUGGCUCGCUCCUUCACUUGUUUGAUUCUUUUCCCCGAUAGGUUCUUGUUUCCUUGACAUGGUAGUCGAUGACCCGUAUGGUUUUCUUUCCCGCACAGAUCGAUUUACCCCUGCUGGGUAGCAGUGGCAAUUUUUCUUUUUGAUAACAUGCCUUGAAGGAUAAAUAUUGAGUCUUGUAGGAGCCUGCCAUAAGUGAUGGCAUGAUAGGAUGUUGAUCUAAACCUUUUUAUAUACGGAGGAAAACAUCCUGAGUCGAAGGAACCAUUUAACCACACCUUGGUCCUGCGCGGCUGCAUGCGCCGCAAGCUGUUCCCCCUUGGACCUCGACGCUUGCCGUCCGCCCCCCUCGGUUUCCAGCUACGGGGGCUUUCGUCAAGCAGAAUUUGAAGUUGUCAACCGAUCCACAUAUUCUCCAAGAUCUUCAACCGAGGGAAGUCUUUGCUUCAGAACCUGCUGUGAACACCGUAUAUAGAACAAACAAGAUGGAGUUGGUUGUGGGUGCUUCAGAAGCCACCAUGAAGUCUCUGCUUGGCAAGCUGGGUGGCCUUCUCGCCCAGGAGUAUGCUCUGGUCAGGGGCGUCCGUGGUGACGUCCAGUACAUUUACAACGAGCUGGCCACCAUGCAGGCCUUCCUCCGCGACCUCAGCUCUGCCCCGGAGGAGCAGGGCCAUCGGAUGAAGGACUGGAUGAAGCAGAUCCGUGACAUGGCCUACGACUGCGAGGACUGCAUAGAUGACUAUGCCCACCGCCUCCCUAACGACUCCAUCACUGAUGUCAGAUGUGCCUUCAUAGUCAGAACCAUAUAUGAAGUCUGGACAUGGUGGCCUCGCCGUGAAAUUGCUUCCAACAUUGCUGACCUCAAGAUCCGGGCACAACAGAUUGCCGAACGACGCGGCAGAUAUGGAGUUGACAACCCAAGCAACUGCAAUGGCAACAGUUCCAGAGCCCGUGCCGCUACGUAUGACAUUGCGGAGCAUCAGGUCGCCAGCCGUCAGCUCAUCGGUAUGAAGGAGCCUGUGGGUGUGACGGCUGACAUGGAGAAGCUUGAGGAGUGGGUAGACAAACCUGAUAAGGAGCAUGGUGUUCUGUCCAUAAUCGGAUUCGGCGGUGUGGGGAAGACCACCAUUGCCAUAGCAUUUUACCGGAAAGUCAGUAAUAAAUUUGACUGCCGUGCUUGGGUUAAUGUGUCCCAGAACUACGACAAAGAGGCAGUCCUAAGGAGUAUUCUGAAACAAGUCAUGCCACAAGACAAAGAUCAGAUUUCUCGGGAAAAAAAUUUCCAAGACGGAGAUCAGGAGGCAGUCCAAAGCACAGGGGAGGGAAGCUCGGAGAAGAAGCACACAUUAAAGCUGCCAUUCGUCAGAGGGCACAAGCAGCAAGGCAAUGAUGGGAGCUCUGAUGAAAAGCAGAUGAAGAUUGAAACAAUGUCCGGUGAUGUACUCGUCAACGAAGUGAAAAGGCACCUGAAGGAAAAGAGGUACCUGCUCUUAAUUGAUGACAUAUGGUCUGCAAAAACAUGGGGGGAUAUCAGAAAUUGUUUGCCUGUAGAGAACAAAAAACGCAGUAGAAUAAUAGUGACUUCAAGAUUUCAAGCUGUUGGCGCAGCGUGCUCACCAGUUGGCGCAACUAAUCUUCUGCAUACAGUUAAUUUUCUCAAUGCUGCUGAGUCCAAGAAUUUGGUCAAGCAAAGUGUCCAUGAAUCCAAAAGCAGCAAAGAAAGCGAAAAGGUACAGGACAAAGUCCUAGAGGAGAUAUUGAAAAUAUGUGGAGGGCUGCCAUUGGCCAUAGUCAGCAUGGCUGGUCAUGUAGCCUGCAACCCAAGCAAGCCCAGUGAUCACUGGCAUAAUGUUUGCAGAUCAUUGUUUCCAGAGAGUGUGACUGCUCUCUCCUUGGAUGGGGUUACUAGGAUACUCGAUUUCUGUUACAAUGAUUUGCCAGGAGAUCUCAAGACAUGUGCACUGUACUUGAGCAUGUUUCCAAAAGGUUCCAAAAUUAGUAUGAAGCGCUUGACUCGGCGAUUGACAGCUGAAGGUUUUGUUAGUGAGAAGCAAGGGCUCACGGAGGAGGAAGUUGCAGAGACAUACUUUAAUCAGCUCAUGAGAAGGAAGUUAAUACGUCCUGUGGAGCACAACAGCAAUGGAAAAGUAAAAACAUUUUUAGUUCAUGACAUGGUUCUUGAAUACAUCGUUUCCAAGUCAAGUGAAGAGAACUUUAUUACUGUGGUCGGCGGCCACUGGAUGAUGCCACCACCCAGCAACAAAGUACGUCGACUCUCUAUGCAAAGCAGUGGUUCCAAGCAUGAAAAUAUGACAAAAAACAUAAACUUGUCUCAAGUGCGGUCAGUGACUGUUUUUGGAAGCCUGAAGCAAUUGCCUUUCCAUUCAUUCAAUAAUGGAAUAAUACAAGUGCUAGAUCUUGAGGGUUGGAAGGGUUUGAAAGAGAAACAUCUGAAGAAUCAUAUAUGCAAAAUGCUUAUGUUGAAGUAUCUAAGCCUCCGAAGAACAGAGAUUGCAAAAAUCCCCAAGAAGAUUGUGAAAUUGGAGUAUCUUGAAACUCUUGACAUAAGGGAGACACAUGUUGAGGAGCUACCAAAAUCUGUAGAGAAGCUAAAACGGAUCAGUAGCAUACUUGGUGGCAAUAAAAACCCACGGAAGGGCUUGAGGUUGCCUCAAGAAAAAAUUAAGGAACCAAAGAAAAGUACAUUGGCUCAGAAAAAUAUGGAGGGAAUGAAAGCACUCCGUGUACUGUCAGGGAUUGAGAUUGAUAGGGAAUCAACAGCUGUCAAUGGCCUUCAUCAGAUGAUAGGGCUAAAAAAGCUUGCCAUUUACAAGCUCCGUAUAAAGAAAGGUGAUAAAAUCUUCACACAACUACAUUCCGCUAUUACGUACCUUUUCAGCUGUGGUCUCCAAACUCUGGCAAUCAACGAUGAAGGUUCUUAUUUUAUCAACUCACUGGACUCCAUGUCCGCACCUCCAAGGUACCUCAUCGCCCUUGAACUGUCUGGGAUGUUGGAAAAGCCCCCAACGUGGAUAUCCAAACUCCACACCCUCAGCAAGUUAACGCUAUCUCUGACAGUUCUCCGGACUGAUACAUUCAAGCUCCUCCAGGACCUGCCAUCACUGUUUUCUCUCACAUUUUCACUUAGUGCAGCAAAGCAGAAGCAGGACAAAAUAAAGGACAUCCUCGAGAAGAAUAAAUCAGAUUCUGGUGGGGAGAUCAUUGUUCCAGCAGGAUUCCCGAGUCUUAAGCUGCUACGCUUCUUUGCACCCCUUGUGCCAAAGCUGGGAUUUGGUGACAAUGCAAUGCCAGAAUUAGAGAUGAUUCAGCUACAGUUUGAAGCCUUUGAAGGUUUAUUUGGCAUCGACACAUUAGAAAACCUCCGGGAGGUGCACCUCAGAGUUAAUGGCCUAGUCUCUGAAAUCACCAGGUUCUUGGUCAAAGAUUUGAAGAACUACACUACUGAUAAGCUGAAGGUAAUCGUUGACGUCAAUGCUUGAAAUUGCAAAAUAAUUUGGUUGUUGUUUGCUAAAUAAAUAGGGAUGGCAUGUAUAUCCAUCCCAUGGCACUGUGUAUUUUUAUUUCAUUGUCAAUUUGUUAGUGUUUCGUUCUGUCAUGUAUGGCUGGAGCUGCUACAGCAGGUACACCGUUCCAGUGUUUGUUGGGGUUGUAAUAAAAGGGGAUAUCCCAAAGGAACUAUUGUAAUCUUUAUGUUGUGUUGUACACUAUUUCCUAUUGCUACUAUUGAACUCAGGUAUUAGUUCACUCUGAUGAACUGAUGUACGUCCUGAAAGAUUGCUUGGCUAUUAUAAGUAAGUAAAUGAAGUAGUAGCUAGCUGUAUGACUGCAUAAUUGAACACUGGAGCGUCCAUUACGCCGCCCGUUGUACAAGGAUAGCAACAUUGCCAGUUUGGCAGUUUAAAUAAUUUGUGUGAAUAAAGUCUCAAACUGGUGUA